UGCUUUAUUCCUUCCCUUGUUAAAAUAAUUCGACAUCAUUGCUUUUGCACGAUGCUGCGGUAGUCACUCCUUUAUUUUUAUCCUACCAAAGGCUGAUCGCCCCACCAUUUGCAGUCGUCUUAAAAGCUUCCACGAUUUUGUAUUGUAAGCAGAUACUACAAGUGGACUGUCCCAUAAACCAGAAGCCGCCUUCCCCGACAUUCUUAAGUUAAAGAGAAAGACUGAAAAUGGCAGAAACGGUUCUCUCUUUUGUGCUGGAUCAACUCUCAACUUUUCUGCGCGAGGAGGGAGGACUAUUGGGAGAGCUUCGGCAAGAGGUCCAAUCCAUCCGGGAUGAGUUGGGGCACAUGAGAGCUUUCCUGAGAGAGGCAGAAGCAAAAGAAGAAGAUGCUCAACCCAGGCUCCAAGAAUGGAUCAAGCAAGUGCGAGAGGCUGCUUAUGACACUGAAGACAUUCUUGAUGAAUUUGUAGCUCGCUUUGCUCGGCAUCGCACAACAGGAUUCUACGGCUCUGUUCGGAGAAUUUUCAGCUCCAUCAAGAAUUUGAGAGCUCGUCAUCGAGUUGCUAGCGAAAUACAAAGCAUCAAGUCCAGAAUCAAAAGUAUUUCUGAAGGUCAUCAAAGAUAUCAAUCCGAAUAUGGUAUCUCUGCCCAAGCGUCCAACUCACUAUCUGCUGUGAACAACACAACAUGGCGAUAUAGCAGAGAUGAUGCGCUGCUUGUGGAAGAAGAUAAAUUAGUUGGCAUUGACCAGCCCAAGAAGCAUCUAAUUUAUCAGCUCGUCGAAGGGGAUGAUUACCAACUGAAAGUUGUUUCAGUCGUUGGUAUGGGAGGACUCGGCAAAACUACCCUAGUGAAAAAAGUCCACGAGGAUCUUGAAGUUAGAAGGCAUUUCCCAGUUCGUGCUUGGGUAACUGUCUCUCAAACAUGUGACUUUGAGUACCUCCUGAAAGACUUGAUUCGGCAGUUACACAAGGAAGGGAAGAAACCAGUCCCACAAUUGAUCGAGUCCAUGACUACCACCGAGCUGAAAGAAAUUAUCAAAGAUUUUCUUCAACAAGCCGGAAGGUAUGCAAUUGUUUUUGAUGAUGUAUGGGACGUUGAAUUUUGGAAUACCAUCAAAUUUGCACUGCCCGAGAGUAGCUGUGGCAACCGUGUCAUGCUAACAACUCGAAAAGCGGAUGUAGCCACUGCCUCUUGUACAGAAUCUCUAGGUUAUAUCCAUAGAAUGGGGCCGCUGUCCUUUGAAGAUUCAUGGACCCUAUUUUGUAACAAGAUCUUUAAGGGAAAUAGUUGCCCUGGCCAUUUGAUGGAUGUUGCCAAAGGUAUAUUGGAUAAAUGUGAGGGCUUGCCCCUUGCGAUUCUUGCAAUUAGUGGACUUUUGGCUUCGAAAGAUGUAAGCAGAAUAGACGAAUGGGAGAUGGUUCAACGCAGUCUUGGAGGUGAAUUAGAAGGCACGGGUAAGCUGGACAGAGUUAAAAAGAUACUCUCUCUUAGUUAUAGCGACCUGCCUUGGCAUCUCAAGACAUGUCUGUUGUACACAAGCAUUUAUCCAGAGGAUCACAGAAUUGGAUGCCUAAGACUUGUUAAUUUGUGGAUUGCUGAAAGGUUUGUAGAACGGAGAGAAGGAAUGAAUAUUGAAGAUAUAGCUAGGGGUUAUCUCACUGAACUCGUCAAUAGAAGUCUAAUUCAAGUGACGGGUGUGUUUUAUGAAGGAAUACCCAAAUAUUGUCGAAUCCAUGACCUACUGCGAGAAAUUAUCAUUUUCAAGUCAAGAGAACAAAACAUGGUCACAAUUACUACCGGAGAACCAACAAGGUGGCCGUCCGAGAAGGUACGCCGUCUAAUAGUCCAUAGUAGUAGUGGUAGUAACAACACCCAGCAAAGACCAAAUUAUUGCUUUGACCACCUUCGGUCAUUCGUUACAGUUGGAUCCAAAAACCCACUCCUGUCCAGAAUGUUGUUAUCUGAAGUUUCACGGGGUAGUAAGUUGUUAAAAGUUUUGGAUUUGAGACGUCAAAAGACACUGAAGGAAAUGCCAAAUGGGAUUUUCAAAUUGUUUCACCUCAAGCAUCUGGACCUACAUGGUACAGGAGUGGAGAGAGUCUCAAAAGGCAUUGGGAAGCUUCAACACUUGGAGUAUCUGAAUUUGGGAAACACCAGAGUUAUGGAAUUACCUAUGGAAAUCCUAAAGCUGCAAAAACUUCGGGCUCUCAGAGUAUAUCAACAAGUUGAUUCUUCCGAUGAUGAUUAUGGAUUUCAUGGAUUUAAAGCUCCCUUGAAUAUGGGAGGGCUUCUUGUCCUAGAAGUAUUAGACUGCAUAGAUGCAAGUAGUGGAUCCACAAUAGUUAAGGAGAUAGGAAAGUUGACCCAAUUAAGAGAAUUAUGUAUUACUAAGUUAAGAGGAGAAGAUGGAAAAGAGCUCUGCUCCUCCCUUGCCAACCUCAUGAUACACGUGAACGGGGUUACGUAAGUUUAGGGGCUGCAUGUGCGUGCAUGGGGUUUGCAUGGAGGGCCACAGCUGGGUUUUGUUGCAGUUAGUUACUGAAAGUUGUUACAGUUAGUUAGUACUGAUUUGUAAGAUUCUUAUGACAUCAGCAGAUGUCAUAAGUUUGUUAGCCGGUUAUAAGCUCACCGUCUUAGCACUUAUAAAAGGCGAAGAUGGGCACCAGUAGAAGACAGACAAAAUCUGGGAAAUUUGUUAUAUCGGCACUUUCCAUUUCUUCUGUAAUCUUUCCUUC